UUGGAAGAACUCGACUCUGAAUCGAUUCAUACGAUUUCUCCAAGAUCGAAUAGCCAAGUUUCAAGUUAUACUACAGACAAUGGGUUUGUUAUUAAAGAUGAUGUACCGAACAUAUCAUAUAUUCAGCAGGGAUUUGUUAAUAAUGACUCUGUGUUUUUUUCUGAUAAUGAGUUAAAGAUGGAUGAUUCUUCUUCUUCUCAAAACAAGGCAACAACUCAAAUCGAUUCUGCUAUUGAUGUGAACACAAAUCUUCUUAUACAACAGAAGAAAACUAUAGAUGAAAUCGAAUUAAGUCAAAAGAAAUUCUCUCUCUGUAUCUUGGUGAAUCCUGCUCCAAACAACACUAUUUGGUUAAAUCGUC